UUUUCAUUACAGGCUGCUUUUGUAUAGAACACGGGUUUGCAGACUUUCUCUCUAAAGGUCCAGCGAAUAAAUACUUCUGGCUUUGGGAGCCACAUGGUCUCUGUCACAGCUACUGCCCUUGUGGCCAUGGACUGUCUCUGAACAGAGUUCUGAAGUUCCUGUUGCAUUAGACAAUGGAUGAGCAAUCACAAGGAAUGCAGGGGCCACCUGUACCUCAGUUCCAGCCACAGAAGGCCUUACGACCCGAUAUGGGCUAUAAUACGUUAGCCAACUUUCGAAUAGAAAAAAAAAUUGGUCGCGGGCAAUUUAGUGAAGUUUACAGAGCAGCCUGUCUCUUGGAUGGAGUUCCAGUAGCUUUAAAAAAAGUGCAGAUAUUUGAUUUAAUGGAUGCCAAAGCACGUGCUGAUUGUAUCAAAGAAAUAGAUCUCCUUAAGCAACUCAACCACCCAAAUGUAAUUAAAUAUUAUGCAUCAUUCAUUGAGGAUAAUGAACUAAACAUAGUUUUGGAACUAGCAGAUGCUGGUGACCUAUCCAGAAUGAUAAAGCAUUUUAAGAAACAAAAGAGGCUAAUUCCUGAAAGAACCGUUUGGAAGUACUUUGUCCAGCUCUGCAGUGCGCCGGAGCACAUGCAUUCUCGGCGGGUCAUGCACCGAGAUAUAAAACCAGCUAAUGUGUUCAUUACAGCCACUGGGGUGGUCAAACUUGGAGAUCUUGGGCUUGGCCGGUUUUUUAGCUCCAAAACCACAGCUGCACAUUCUUUAGUGGGGACACCUUAUUACAUGUCUCCAGAGAGGAUACAUGAGAAUGGGUACAACUUCAAGUCCGACAUCUGGUCGCUGGGCUGUCUGCUGUACGAGUUUAAUGUAUACAAAGGAAGUCUGAAGUGGACAGGAGGGGACCAUUGUACUCCUUGCUCUGUGCUUUGUGUUCCUUGUCUUCUUGACUUAAAUGAAAUGCACGAUGAGAUCAUCUAUUUUCAUUUUUCCACAAGUACAGAGGGUUUUUUAAAAUGUAUAUCAUAAUCUUUAAUUAUUAUUUUACUGAUUGCAGGUUCAAAUUUCCUUAAUUUAAGGAAUCUGAGAUUGUUUAUUUUGUUCUUCCUACUGAAGUAACUAAUGGCCACUUAAAAAGAAAGGAUUUUUUUAAGUGUUCUUAAACAACAUCCCUAGUAUAAUUUUUAUUAAGAAAAGUUAUGAAUUAGUGAUAUAACAAAAUACACGUUUGUAUGUAUGCACAUGAGAUUAAAAGAGAUUUAUGCUCACUGUAUUAUAUUCUGUUGAUAAUUUGGUACAGUGUUGAACUGAUUUGAUUAAGUUACUAUAAUGUUUAAAAGUCACUUUGUACAUUUAAAAUAUUUUGUAUCUGUUUAGGUAACCUUAGACCCCUUCAGGCCAUAGUCUAAUAUUGUCAAAGCAACAUCUUCCCUUUAAACACCUACAAGUGAGCAGCACAUUGGUUUCCACUAGCGAGAUCAAAUUUGUCAAUUAAAAAAAGUUCAGUUGAAGAAAUAGUGUUUUGGUGGAAGUUUGCAUAAUUCUUUUAGGACCAAGAGACUCCCAUGUCAGAACUGAAAUAACUCUUCACAUUCUGAAUUGCUUUUGAGAAGCAGUGUCCCAUUUCUGUGUAUACUUAAAAUGAUCACCAAAAUAAAAAUUAUUUCUUUGGA